AUGGGAGAGAGAUGCGUCGACUUUUCCAAGAUUCCUCUCAGUGAAGAUGGGUUCUAUGCGACGAAUAAUCAGUUCCAGAGAACGGGUCCAAAGGGUUUUAUCGAAGUCAAGGUUUUGGAGAACGAAGAUCUGUAUGUGCGCGUCGAUUUUCCUGGCCUUCCAAGCCAGGACCUAAAACUCUCUCUCGCCAACGAGAGAAAGCUUGUGCAAUUCUCCGGCAAAGGCCUAAGCGACUUUGACGACGACAAGGAAGACGUUCGUGAGUUCUAUGGAGAGACCGGUCUAGGUUGUGACUGCUGCAAGAUCAACGAUGUGACGGCCAAAGCGGAAAGUGGAGUUAUAAGAAUGACUAUCACAAGGGUCAAGGUGAAGGAGCGGAACACCAAGUGCAUCCUCACACUGCCUCCUUUUAUAGGUAAAUCGGGAAGACACGUGGAGGACAAUCCGUUUGUGGUGAAAGGUCGUAAGGGAACAUUGGUUGGGGAACCAACAGAUGAAGGAGGUCUUAACUUUGCAGUAGACGUGCCAGGUGUUUGUGCUGAUGAUAUAGAAGUGAUUGCUCAAGGGAAUGAAGUUCGGUUCUUUGCUGAUACUAAGGAUGAUGAUGAAGGUGUUGGUGUUCGUUCUUACGAGGGAACCAUCAUCUGUCCUAACGAUGCAUCUUCACUUGCCGACUCCGUUGGCUGGGAUGUUGAAUUUGGUGUUCUCAAGAUUCUCAUUCCACCACCUACCAAAAAAACAACAACAACGACCACUAAUUAA